AUGUUCACUCAACGCCCUUCAUUCCGCUUCUUGGCCACUGGCGCCGUGGCGUCUCUGUUUAUCCUUACAUUCCUCAUCAUCAGCACCGGAACACCAGCCUCAACACGAUUUAAUCCAAAAGGACAACCACGACAGCAAUAUUGCGCCCCGGCUGUCAACUCUUCCGCCGGUUGGGAGUUUGUAGUUGAGCGUGAUGGAAACAACUAUGGUCUGUCCGACGACCAAUGUCGCAUCGCUUUCCCAAAGCUAUUCCUCGAGCUUGACCAAUUCUCUACACUGAAAUCAAACAAACCGAUUUCCUACAAGGAACUCAAUUCCAGACCAGUGGAUGAUGGCAUGCUGUAUAUCGUCGACUACGCCAACAUGCCCGUCACAGCAUCCCGCGCCCGCGCAACCCUAAACUCCCUCCACCGCGCCCUGACAGCAUUCCCAGACCGCCACCUCCUACCCAGCAUCGAAUUCAUCUUUACCACAGAAGACUUCGCAGAACAUACAACCAGCCCAGCCCCCAUCUGGGCUUACUCAAAACGCGACGCGGACACUUCAGUCUGGCUAAUGCCUGACUUCGGAUACUGGGCCUGGCCGGAGGUACAUAUCGGACCGUACCAGGAAGUGCGACGACGCAUUGCAGCCAUCGACGACGGCGACACCGCCGCAGAUGGUACAUGGGUUCCGGGUCUGAAGUUCCAGGAGAAGAAAAAGCAGCUCGUGUGGCGUGGCAGUUUAGCCACGAACCCGCCAGUUCGGAGCAAGCUACUCAAGUCUGCGGGUAGUAGCUGGGCCAGUGUGCGGGUUAUUGACUGGGAUGAUAAGGAUGAUAUCCGCUUUAAUCUCCUGCCUAUUGAAGAUCACUGUCGGUACAUGUUCCUGGCGCAUACCGAGGGUCGCAGCUUCUCUGGUCGUGGGAAGUAUCUUCUGAACUGUCGUUCGGUUGUUAUCUCUCAUACCCUCGAAUGGAGGGAGGUUCAUCAUGGGGCGUUGGUCGCGACUGGUCCCGAGGCGAAUUAUAUUGAGGUCGAUCGGGAUUGGUCGGAGUUAUCGCAUAAGAUCGAUUAUCUGAUUGAUAACCCCGAGAUCGCGGAGCGUAUUGCUAAUAAUGCUGUGCGCACUUUCCGUGAUCGGUACCUUACUCCUGCCGCCGAGUCGUGUUAUUGGCGGCAGUUGAUUCAGAAGUACUCUGCAGCUUGUGAUUUCGAGCCGGUGCUGUUUUCGACUGGUCGAGAUGGGAAGACGCAGCCUCGCGGUGUUCCGUAUGACACUUGGCUGCUUAUGCAUUGA